AAGUUGUGGCUCCUGGACGGUGUGACAUUGGGGGUCUCUGUUCUCAUACCAGCUGCUUCUCUAGUCUGACUCUCUCUUUUCCAUCAAGGGGAUAUAGAAGAUCUUUCACACCAAGAACAGCUCCGGCAGAGCCUCAGCUAUGGCUAGUGAUGGGGAAUUGUCGGUUUUUGGGGAGGCCGCCCCCUUCUUGCGGAAAUCAGAGAAGGAAAGAUUGGAGGCUCAAAACAAACCGUUUGAUGCCAAAAACAGUUGCUUUGUUGACGAAGUCAAGGAGCUGUAUGUGAAAGGUCUCAUCACGGGCCGCGAUGGCGGUAAAGUCACUGUAAAGACCGACGAUGGGAGGGAACUAACUGUUAAAGACAGCCAGGUGUACCCCCAAAAUCCUCCCAAGUUCGAUAAAAUUGAAGACAUGGCCAUGAUGACCCAUCUGAAUGAGGCCUCCGUGCUGUUUAACCUCAAAGAGCGUUACGCGGCCUGGAUGAUCUACACCUACUCUGGACUGUUCUGCGUCACGGUGAACCCCUACAAGUGGCUGCCAGUGUACAACCCCAUAGUGGUCGAUGGGUACAGAGGGAAGAAGCGUAUGGAAGCCCCACCACACAUCUUCUCCAUCUCUGAUAAUGCUUAUCAGUUUAUGUUAACAGAUCGUGAAAAUCAGUCCAUCCUGAUUACUGGUGAAUCGGGAGCUGGAAAGACGGUGAACACCAAGCGUGUCAUCCAGUACUUUGCAACAAUUGCAGCAGUCGGGGAUGCAGGGAAGAAGAAGGAGCAAGUCAACAGUUUAAAGGGCACACUAGAAGAUCAAAUCAUCCAGGCCAACCCCCUGCUGGAAGCCUUCGGUAAUGCCAAAACCGUGAGAAAUGACAACUCCUCCCGUUUUGGUAAAUUCAUCAGAAUCCAUUUUCGAACCACGGGAAAACUGUCUUCAGCAGAUAUUGAGACCUACUUGCUGGAAAAAUCCAGAGUAACCUUCCAGCUUUCGGCUGAGAGAAGCUACCACAUCUUCUACCAGAUCUUGACCAACAAGAAGCCAGAACUUAUUGAAAAUCUUCUCCUCACUACCAAUCCAUAUGACUACUCCACCAUCAGCAUGGGAGAGAUUUCUGUCAAGAGUAUUGAUGAUGAGGAGGAAUUGAUGGCUACAGAUAGUGCUAUUGACAUCCUGGGAUUUACACCAGAGGAAAAGAUGGGUAUCUACAAGAUGACGGGAGCUGUAAUGCACCAUGGCAAUAUGAAAUUCAAGCAAAAGCAGCGUGAGGAACAGGCUGAGCCCGACGGCACAGAAGUUGCUGAUAAAAUUGGCUACUUGAUGGGUCUGAACCCGGCAGACCUGUUGAAGGCUCUGUGCUACCCCAGGGUCAAGGUUGGGAAUGAAUAUGUCACCAAGGGACAAACUGUGCAACAGGUGUAUAACGCCAUUGGUGCGAUCAGUAAGUCUGUUUUUGAAAAGUUGUUCUUGUGGAUGGUCACCCGUAUCAACCAACAGUUGGACACCAAACAACCAAGACAAUACUUCAUUGGCGUGCUGGAUAUUGCUGGGUUUGAGAUCUUCGAUUACAACAGUCUGGAACAGCUUUGCAUUAACUUCACCAAUGAGAAGCUGCAGCAGUUCUUCAACCACCACAUGUUUGUCCUGGAACAAGAGGAGUAUAAGAAGGAAGGAAUUGAUUGGGAGUUCAUUGAUUUCGGCAUGGACCUGGCCGCCUGCAUUGAGCUUAUUGAGAAGCCAAUGGGCAUCUUCUCCAUCCUGGAAGAAGAGUGCAUGUUCCCCAAAGCUACUGACACUUCCUUCAAGAACAAGCUCUACGACCAACAUCUGGGCAAGUGCAAGAACUUCGAGAAGCCAAAGCCUGGCAAAGGAAAGGCUGAAGCUCAUUUCGCCCUGGUGCACUAUGCUGGCACUGUGGAUUACAACAUCACUGGCUGGCUGGACAAGAAUAAGGACCCACUGAAUGAGACUGUCAUUGGGCUCUACCAGAAGUCUCCAGUGAAGCUCUUGGCCUUCCUGUACUCUUCCUAUGCUGCAACCGAUGCUGCAGAUGCUGGAGCCAAGGGGAAGAAGAAGAAGGGGUCAUCUUUCCAGACUGUCUCUGCCCUGUUCAGAGAAAAUCUGAACAAGCUCAUGAGCAACCUAAGGAGCACUCACCCUCACUUUGUGCGUUGCUUGAUUCCUAAUGAGUCAAAAACUCCAGGAAUCAUGGAGAACCAUCUGAUCAUCCACCAGCUGAGAUGUAAUGGUGUGCUGGAGGGUAUAAGAAUCUGCAGAAAGGGUUUCCCCAGCAGAAUCCUCUAUGGUGACUUCAAGCAACGGUACAAGGUCCUAAACGCUAGCGCAAUCCCAGAUGGACAAUUUAUUGAUAGCAAGAAGGCUUCUGAGAAGCUCCUUGGUUCUAUUGAUGUGGAUCACACCCAGUACAAGUUUGGACACACUAAGGUAUUCUUUAAAGCUGGUCUCCUGGGUACUCUGGAAGAAAUGAGAGAUGACAAGCUGGCCCAACUCAUCACUCGUACUCAGGCCCUCUGCCGGGGCUUCCUGAUGAGAGUUGAAUUCAAAAAGAUGAUUGAGAGAAGGGAUGCCAUCUACGUCAUCCAGUACAAUGUCAGGUCCUUCAUGAAUGUCAAGCACUGGCCAUGGAUGAAGCUGUAUUUUAAGAUUAAACCUCUCCUGAAGAGUGCCGAGACUGAGAAGGAGAUGGCCAACAUAAAGGAGGAGUUUGAUAAGACCAAAGUAGCCCUAGCUAAGUCCGAAAAGAGAACGAAAGAAUUGGAGGAGAAAAUGGUUUCUCUGCUGCAAGAGAAGAACGACCUUGUCCUCCAUGUGCAAUCAGAAGGAGAAAGCUUGGCUGAUGCAGAGGAAAGGUGUGAAGGCCUCAUCAAGAACAAAAUUCAACUGGAAGCCAAAAUCAAAGAGAUCAAUGAAAGGCUUGAAGACGAGGAGGAAAGCAAUGCUGAGCUAACGGCCAAGAAGAGGAAGCUGGAAGAUGAGUGCUCAGAACUGAAGAAAGACAUUGAUGACUUAGAACUUACCUUGGCCAAAGUUGAGAAGGAAAAGCAUGCCACCGAAAAUAAGGUAAAAAACCUUAGUGAGGAAAUGGCGGCACUGGAUGAGAACAUCGCAAAACUUUCCAAGGAGAAGAAAUCUCUCCAAGAGGCUCACCAACAGACUCUUGAUGACCUUCAGGCAGAGGAGGACAAAGUCAACUCUCUAUCUAAGGCUAAAACCAAACUGGAGCAACAAGUGGAUGAUCUGGAAGGUUCCCUGGAGCAAGAGAAGAAACUUCGCCUUGACCUUGAAAGAGCCAAGAGGAAACUUGAAGGAGAUCUGAAGCUUUCCCAAGAAACCGUCAUGGACCUUGAAAAUGAGAAGCAACAAGCUGAGGAAAAAAAUAAGAGGAAGGACUUUGAGUUAAGCCAGCUGCAAGGAAAGAUUGAGGAUGAACAGUCCUUGGGAUUGCAACUGCAGAAAAAGAUCAAAGAGCUGCAGGCCCGCAUUGAAGAAGUUGAGGAGGAGAUAGAAGCAGAGCGCGCUGCUCGGGCCAGGAUUGAGAAACAGAGAUCAGACCUCUCCAGAGAACUUGAGGAGAUCAGCGAAAGGCUGGAGGAAGCUGGAGGCGCAACCUCGGCUCAGAUUGAGCUGAACAAGAAACGCGAGACAGAGUUCCAGAAACUGAGACGUGACCUGGAAGAGGCCACCCUUCAAAAUGAAGCCACCUCCGCUGCCCUGCGUAAGAAGCAUGCUGACAGUGUCGCUGAGCUUGGGGAACAGAUCGACAACCUCCAGAGAGUUAAGCAGAAGCUGGAAAAAGAGAAAAGCGAGUUCAAGAUGGAAAUCGAUGACCUUGCCAGCAACUUGGAGAAUAUCUCAAAAUCGAAGGCCAACCUUGAAAAAGUGAACCGUGUUCUUGAGGAUCAGCUGAGUGAGAUUAAGUCCAAGGACGAUGCGCAACAAAGACUCAUCAAUGACCUAUCAACCCAGAAGGCCCGUUUCCAGACUGAAAAUGGUGAGCUGUCACGUCAAUUAGAGGAAAAGGAAUCUCUAAUUUCUCAACUGACGAGGGGAAAACAAGGUUUUACCCAGCAUACCGAGGAACUGAAGAGACAGCUGGAGGAGGAAACCAAGGCAAAGAACGCUCUUGCUCAUGCUCUGCAAUCAUCUCGCCAUGACUGUGAUUUGCUCCGCGAGCAAUAUGAGGAGGAACAGGAAGCCAAGGCAGAGCUUCAGAGAGCUUUGUCCAAGGCCAAUGGCGAAGUUGCCCAAUGGAGAACCAAGUAUGAGACUGAUGCCAUUCAACGCACAGAAGAACUAGAAGAGGCCAAGAAAAAGCUUGUUCAGCGUCUUCAGGAUGCCGAGGAACAAGUGGAGGCUGUGAAUUCCAAGUGUGCCUCCCUGGAUAAGACCAAACAGAGGCUGCAGGCUGAAGUUGAGGACCUGAUGGUUGACGUUGAGAGGGCGAAUAGCGCAGCCGCUGCUCUUGAUAAGAAGCAGAGGAACUUUGAUAAGGUUCUAGCAGACUGGAAACAAAAGUAUGAAGAGGGUCAGGCCGAGCUGGAGGCCACUCAGAAAGAGGCCCGAACUCUGAGCACUGAGAUCUUCAAGAUGAAGAAUGCCUACGAGGAGUCCUUAGAGCAUCUAGAGACUCUAAAACGGGAAAAUAAGAACUUGCAACAGGAGAUCUCAGACCUAACCGAACAGAUCGUUGAAUCCGCAAAGUCAAUCAAUGAGCUGGAGAAGUCCAGGAAGCAAGUGGAACAAGAGAAAAGUGAUCUGCAAGCUGCCUUGGAGGAAGCUGAGGGAUCUCUGGAACACGAAGAGUCCAAGAUUCUCCGCAUCCAGCUGGAGCUGAACCAGGUGAAGUCUGAAGUAGACAGGAAAAUUGCAGACAAAGAUGAGGAGCUGGAACAGCUCAAGAGGAACAGCCAGAGAGUUAUCGACACCAUGCAGAGCACACUGGACGCUGAGAUCAGAAGCCGCAAUGACGCCCUGAGGCUGAAGAAGAAGAUGGAAGGAGACUUGAAUGAGCUGGAGAUUCAGCUGAGCCACGCCAACCGCCAAGCCGCUGAGUCACAGAAACAGCUGAGAAACGUUCAGGCACAGCUCAAGGAAACACAACUUCAUCUUGAUGAUGCCCUCAGAGGCCAGGAAGAUCUGAAAGAGCAGUUGGCAGUGGUGGAACGCAGAAAUAACCUGCAACAGGCUGAGAUUGAGGAGAUGCGGUCUGCCCUGGAACAGACAGAGAGGUCCCGCAAGGUGGCUGAGCAGGAGCUCCUCGAUGUCAGCGAACGUGUCCAGCUUCUUCACUCCCAGAACACAAACCUCAUCAACACCAAGAAGAAGUUAGAGUCUGAUGCCAGCCAGCUUCAGAAUGAAGUUGAGGAAUCCAUCCAAGAGGCCAGGAACGCUGAGGAGAAAGCCAAGAAGGCCAUCACUGACGCGGCUUUGAUGGCAGAGGAGCUGAAGAAGGAGCAGGAUACCAGCGCCCACUUAGAGAGGAUGAAGAAGAACCUUGAACAGACAGUGAAGGACUUACAGCAUCGCCUGGACGAAGCAGAGCAGCUGGCUCUGAAGGGUGGCAAGAAGCAGCUGCAGAAACUGGAAUCUAGAGUGCGUGAAUUAGAGAACGAGUUGGAAAAUGAACAGAAGCGCAGCGUGGAAGCGAUUAAAGGCGUCCGAAAAUAUGAAAGAAGACUGAAGGAGCUGUCUUACCAGACCGAAGAGGACAAGAAAAACAGUAUCAGACUUCAGGAUCUGGUGGACAAACUCCAGCUUAAGGUGAAAGCCUACAAGAGACAGGCAGAGGAGUCGGAGGAACAAGCCAACUCCCACCUCUCUCGCUUCAGGAAAGUCCAGCACGAGCUGGAGGAGGCUGAGGAACGGGCUGAUAUCGCCGAGUCCCAAGUGAACAAACUCAGAGCGAAGAGCCGCGAUAUUAGCAGCAAGAAAGGAGACAGCGAGGAAUGAAAGACUCAUCCAAUACAAGAGGACUACGGAAUUUGCAGAAUGUGAAUUUUCAGUCUUCUCUAAAACCCCUCACCCCAACCCUUUACCUGUACAAAUAAACUAUUUCUAGCUUUCAAAAAAAA